AUGGCUCAAAAGGCGAAGAAGGAUCGUGCCAAGUCCAACGCGGCCUCGCUGAAUAGCCUCCACAUUGGCUCCCUCAUCGUCAAUGGCCUCUUCCUCCUCGCCCACUUUCUCUUCCGCCCCCGCUCCCUCUGGCUCUACGGCCUACUCUCCGCCCCGGCUCUCAUCUGCCAGUAUAUCCUGGAGGUCUCGGGUCGCCCCAAGUAUGACCCGGCCACCAAGGCGCUUCGCUCCGCUGGCGAGGACCUCGCCGCCGCCGGCUUGACUGAGUACAUGUUCGACGUCAUCUGGGUCACCUGGGCAUCUGCCAUUCUCGCCGUCCUCUUCGGCAACUGGGGCUGGCUGCUCUGGGUCGCCGUCCCCGCCUACGGCGUGUAUCUAGGCGGCGGACUGCUCGGCAUGGGCAAGCAGAAGAUGGCCGAGUUUCAAGGUACUGGCGCUGGUGAUGCUAUGCCUCAGGGAAAUCGCAGGUCCAGACGAAACGCCUAG